CGUCCCUGGAAGCGGGAGCCGGGGUGGUGCUGGGGAAGCCGCGUAGAGCCGGGAGCUAGCGCCCUGGGCCUCCCGGGGGUGGGGGACAGGCGUUGGAGCCCAGACCGAUCAUGGCCGGCAGACCCAUCCGCAUAGGAGACCAGCUGGUUCUGGAGGAAGACUAUGAUGAGAACUACAUCCCCAGCGAGCAUGAAAUUCUUGAAUUUGCCAGAGAGAUUGGUAUUGAUCCCAUAAAGGAACCAGAGCUGAUGUGGCUGGCGCGGGAGGGCAUUGUGGCCCCAUUGCCUGUGGAGUGGAAACCAUGCCAGGACAUCACAGGUGACAUUUACUAUUUCAACUUUGCCAACGGCCAGUCCACGUGGGACCACCCCUGUGAUGAACACUAUCGGAACUUGGUGAUCCAAGAACGGGGCAAGCUGUCAACUCCUGGGGCCACUAAGAAGAAAGAAAAGAAAAAGAAAAAGGAAAAGAAAGACAAGAAGGAUAAGGAGACCUCCAAGAGUCCCCUGGCCGUGGGUACCUCGUUAGCCCCCCUCCAUGUUCCUCUCGGGGGCCUGGCCCCGUUAAGGGGCCUGGUGGACGCCCCGCCCUCUGCUCUUCGUGGACCUCAGAGUGUGAGCCUGGGGAGCUCAGUGGAGUAUGGUCAGCUCGGAGAACACUUACUGCCGGCACAGGGUCUCAAGCCUUCUGCUUGUACAAAAGGUCUCCUGGGCUCCAUCCAUGAGGACAAGAAUGCUCUCAGCCUCUUGGCUUUAGGGCAGGAGACCAACGAGGAGGAUGAGGCAGACAGUGACAACCAGAGUGUUCGCAGCUCAAGUGAGCUUCUUAGGAACCUGCACCUGGACAUCGGGGCGCUGGGGGGUGACUUUGAGUAUGAGGAGUCUCCAAGAGCAAGCCAGCCAGAGGAGAAGGACGUUUCUCUUGAUUCUGAUAUUGCUGGCCCCCUUACUUCUGGCAAGCCCUUCAGCCAAGGUGCAGACAGCAGCCUGAGCAGUGCUGAUGGCGAAGAGCAACAGCGAAGAGAGGCAAGUUGGUUCCCAGAAAAAGGAAAGAAUGAGAAGAAUGAUCCUGGGACAUCCAGAAGUGUGGUGGACGCUGGAGGUGAUCAGCCUGCCAACGCCACUAAAAAAGAGGCACCAGAGGACCUAGUGGAUGCAGGAGAGGAGGGUUCCAGGAAGGAAGAGGCAGCUGAGGAGCCAAAGAAGGAGGCCUCUGUCCCGAAAGAGAGCAGAUCAGAGGCCAGUGAAGAGUCGGAGAUCAGUGAACACGUGAAGCAGCUACAGCUCUCAGACUCCGCUGCUUCUAACCCCAGGUCUUUCCUUGGCUUGGACUUCGGUUUCCGCAGCCAGAUCUCAGAGCGCCUGCUGGAUGUGGAUGUGCACUCCUCUGUCCUGGGUGGCGCCUGCUGGGAGGCCCAGAGGUUUGGAAGAGAAGACAAGGAUGCCAGCCAGUCCAGCCAAGAGGAGCUGCAGAGCAAGCAGUCUGGAGGCUCAGAGAGGUUAUCUCCCCCUCUUCUGCGUGAGGAGCGGCUCCAGAGUCUCCUUCACAGCCAGGCCACCGACGAAGGGCCUCCGCAGGCCCCAGAGGGGCAGCCUGAGCGGAAGGAGGCAGCAGAGCCUGAGGAGGGCUCUCUGGGCAGCCCCCCACCCUCUGUUUCCCUGCAGAGGGAGGCGCUCCCAAGCCUACCUGCCACCCACGAGAGGGGCGAGGAACGGCAUCCCCAGGCCGAGGGGCCGGGCCCUGGGCAGGAAGAGCCCGAGGAGAAGGUGGCGGUCAGCCCCACCCCGCCAGGCUCUCCAGAGGUGCGAUCUGCAGAGCCCGUGGCUCCCCGGGAGCAGCUCUCAGAGGCCGCGCUUGAGGCCACGGAAGAGGCGGUGGCCCGAGAGCUCGAGCACGAGCAGACACGGCUCCUGGAGUCCAAGCGAGAGAAGAUGCAGCGGCUGCGGGAGAAGCUGUGGCGGGAGGAGGAGGCGGAGGCCCUGCAGCUUCACCAGCAGAAAGAGAGGGCGCUCAGUUCCCUGAAGGAGCAGCUGCAGAGAGCCACCGAGGAGGAGGAGACCCAGAUGAGAGAGCAGGAGAGCCAGAGGCUGUCCCGGCUCCGCGCCCAGGUGCAGUCCAGCUCGGAGGCUGAUGAGGACCAAAUCAGGGCCGAGCAAGAGGCUUCCCUGCAGAGGCUUCGAGAAGAGCUGGAGUCUCUGCAGAAGGCCGAGAGGGCCAGCUUGGAAGAGAGGAGCAGGCAGAUGCUGGAGCAGCUCAGGGAAGAGAUGGAUGCUUCGGAGAAGAGAGAGCAGGCUGCCCUGAACGUGGAGAAGGAGAGGGCCUUGGAGCAGCUGAGGGAGCAGCUGGAAGGGGAGAGGAAAGAAGCGGUGGCAGCGCUGGAGAGGGAGCACAGAGAGGAGCUGGAGCGGCUCUCCUCCUCGCUGGAGGCCAAGCACCGGGAGGUGGUCUCCAGCCUCCAGAAGAAGAUGGAGGAAGCUCACCAGAGAGAGGAGGCCCAGCUGCAGGAGAGCCUUGGGUGGGCGGAGCAGCGAGCCCAUCGCAAAGCAUACCAGGUGCUGGAGUAUGAGCAGGAGCUCAGCGGCCUCCUGAGAGAGAAGCGCCAGGAGGUGGAGCGGGAGCAUGAGCGGAAGAUGGACAGGAUGAAGGAGGAGCACCAGCAGGUGGUGGCUGAGGCCAGGCAGCAGUACGAGGCCGAGGAGAGGAAGCAGCGGGCUGAGCUCCUGCGGCACCUGACAGGAGAGCUGGAGCGCCUGCGCAGGGCCCAUGAGCGAGAGCUGGAGUCGGCGAGGCAGGAGCAGGACCAGCAGCUGGAGGACCUGCGGCGGCGGCACCGGGAGCAGGAAAAGAAGCUCCAAGAUUUAGAGGCGGAACUUGAAACCAGAACCAAGGAUGUCAAGGCCCGAUUGGCUCAGCUGGAUGUCCAGGAGGAGGUGGCCCGGAAAGGGAAGCAACAGCUCCUUGACGUGCAGAGGCAGGUCGCGCUGGAGAGCGAGGAAGCCACAGCCACACAUCAGUACCUGGAGGAGGCCAAGAAGGAGCACACCCACCUGCUGGAGUCAAACCGGAAGCUCCGAAGAAUCUUCGAGGAGCUUCAGGCCCGCAAGCUGGAGCUGGAGUCCCAGGUGGAGCUGCUGCAGGCCCAGAGUCAGAGGCUGCAGAAGCAUGUCAGUGACCUGGAGGUCAAAGUUCAGAAGCAGCAGGACUUGUUGAAAGAGCUGGAGGUAAAGGACAGUAAUGCUUCCCCACAUUUGGAGCCCGAUCUCCACCUCGAGGACCUGAGGAGAUCCCCCUGGACAAGUAAGGAGACUGCCUUAUCCUUGGACAGUGCUCGGCACUACGUCUCUGCUGAGGGGGUGGCUCUCCGCAACGCCAAAGACUUCCUGGUGCGACAGUCGCGCUCCAUGCGGAGGCGGCAGACAGCUCUGAAGGCCGCCCAGCAGCACUGGCGCCAGGAGGUGGCCAAAGACCUACCAGGCACCACGGCCCUGGAGGACGUGUGCAAGGACCUGGAGGAGGAGACCAGGCACCUGGAUGAGAUGAAGUUGGCCAUGCGGAAAGGCCAUGACCUGCUGAAGAAGGAAGAGGAGAAGCUGCAUCAGCUGGAGUCCUCUCUCCGGGAAGAGGCUUCAGAUGAGGACACUUUGAGAGGACCCCCCCUGAAGAAGGUGGUAACCUUUGACCUCAGCGACCUGGAAGAUGGGAGUAGUGACAGUUCCGACUCCUGUCCCCUGCCUCGCCGCAACCUGACCCCGAGCCCCACCGUCCCCAACAAGAUCCACUAUCUGAGCAGCUCCCUGCAGAGUAUCAGCAGCCAGCUCAAUGGGGUGCUCGGCGUCCUGGGCAGCCUCAACACCCAGCCGCCACCGCUCUUCACCUCCAUGCCCGUGCUGCCCCCCACCCAGGCCUCCAGGAGCGCCCCAGCUCCCUCCCACCCCUCCCAGGCCCGGGGCUCAGUCUCGUCCCUGGCUCAGUCCACGUCUGCCCCGUGGACCUGGGACCCGGGGCUGGGCCCCAGGCUCUCUUCCUCUGUGGCUCAGACUGUGGACGACUUCCUGGUGGAAAAGUGGCGCAAGUACUUUCCAACUGGCAUCCCGUUCCUGAGCAGUGGCCCUGCCCCCUUGGAAAACAGGCUGGGCUAUGUGUCUGCCAGUGAGCAGCUCCGCCUCCUGCAGCGUCCCUAUUCCCGAGUCCCCGAGGUGGGCAUCUCCAACUUGCAGGACACGACCGCGGCUAACCAAAAGUGGCUAGAGCAUUACAAGAACGACCCCAAGUUACCUCUCUUCUCCUCGGUGCCCAAGCCAGCGGCUGGUUCCAGCCUCCUGCAGCUGGACCUGGAUGAGAGCAACAGACUGAAGAUCUAUCACUACUGAGGCGCUGAGCCGGGGGGGGCAGCCUGGCCUCUCUCGCACCCAGACCAUGUGCCCUACUUGCUGCCUGCACUUUACUCCCUCUGAUAAAGCAUUCUCCCGGCCCCGCCUCUGUGCUGCUUGCCUCACUUGGAACUUAGAGGAACCACGGGGGACCAGGGGAAACGGAUGGUGUGACUGGGAACAGUAAGCCACCCCUAGACUGUAACAUCUCAGGCCACCCCGUGUGACUUCUGCAUGAACCUGGCGACACUGACGUGGGGCAGCUGGGACAGGGGCGCCUUCAGGAGACAGAGGUGGUGCUGGCGGAGCUCCUGCUUCAGAGGCCAGGGGACUCCCUGGGAGUGGAGUCAGUCUCUUGGACCCGUGGGGCCCGCUUGGAGCUCCCAGGGUCACAUGUGUGGUCCCUCACUCCCCAGAACAAAGCCCCCCCGGCAUGUUUGUACUCUGGGACCAGGGCCCACCUCUCUAAUACCUCAGCCCUGUAGAGAUCAAGCUUUUUUUUUUUUUAAACUGUCCCCUUUCCUGAGCACUCUGUCUCACCUUUUGACUUCUCUCAGGAUUGGGCCCAGAGCCCUGUGGGCGGUGGCUGGACACUGGCCCCAGAAGUCUUGCCACCGGUCUUCCUUCUGCUCGUCCUGGGCUUUCCUCAGGGGCACUUCCUUCCCCCUGCCCUGGGGCUCCUCCCCAGAGCACCCCAGCUACAUUCUCAGGUCUCAAGCACCCAGCUUCCAGGAAGCCAGUGAGCCAUAGGAAGAGACCAGGAGGGCUUACCUUGGUUUUGUCUUCCUGGAUCACCUCGGGUAUAUAUGUGUGUUGUUUCCAUCUGUCUUUUCUGCCUGUGCCACCCCUGCCGCCCCUUCUCAGAGCCUGGGGACUUGUUCUGAAGGAGGUGAGGGGCUGGGCCUGUGCCUGCCGUCUGGCACAGCACCCUGCCACCCUUCCCAUGUCAGCGGGCCCCUUGAGGGGACAUGCUGGGGUGUUCAACAUCUGCCCCAUCGUUUAAAUGCCCUCAUUUUUCUUAUCUUGAAAGCUGUGGGGGUUCCUCUCCAAUGCCUAGAAACCACCUCUCCACCAUCCCACCCCUUGUUUCUUUCUAUAAGGAACUAAGAUGCCAUUGGCUUGUUUACCUGCAGGUCCUUUUUUGGCAUCAGUCUGCCACAUAGGAUGUCCAUUUUGUUCAUUCUGUGUGCUUUGGGAAUAGCUCAUGUGCUGCAACCAACUUUGGUGACAAUCCUGUGUUUUCUACAUCAAUUAAAUCUCUGCAGGUCCAUUUGCCACACAGUA